UUCCAUUUCACACAAGUAGUUCUUGCUUCAACAGUGUUUGAACGGAACUUCGUCCCGCGGACUAUUACUUCAGCCAGCCUGAAUCCGGACACGAGCACAAACUUUACUACUUGAACACCACUGAGAAACAAGUCGCUGUGAAGCUUUAUUUUUGUACCCAUUUGCUAAGAAAAAAGAACCGAAACCCCUCAAGAAACGCCAGUAAAAUGGAGUCUCAGGUGCGUCAGAACUACCACCGCGACUGCGAGGCCGCCGUCAACCGGAUGGUCAACAUGGAGCUGUUUGCCUCCUACACUUACACGUCCAUGGCCUUUUACUUCUCCCGUGAUGAUGUGGCCCUCGAAGGCUUCGCUCAUUUCUUCAAGGAGAACAGCGACGAGGAGAGGGGGCACGCCGAUAAGCUGCUGGCCUUCCAGAACCACCGGGGAGGACGCAUCUUCCUCCAGGACCUCAAGAAACCAGACCGCGAUGAGUGGGGAAGCGGGCUGGAGGCCAUGCAGUGUGCCCUGCAGCUGGAGAAGAAUGUCAACCAGGCCCUGCUGGACCUGAACAAACUGGCUUCGCAACACGGAGACCCACAUAUGUGUAACUUCCUGGAGACCAACUACCUAAACGAGCAGGUGAAGGCCAUUAAGAAGCUUGGUGACUACAUCUCCAACCUCUCCCGCAUGGACGCCAGCAAGAACAAGAUGGCGGAGUACCUGUUCGACAAGCACACCCUGGCGAGCAAGAGCUAAAUGUGCCAAGUCGCAGGGUCGAGCCUGGAGUGGAAAUGUGUCCGGGUCCAGUGAGCGUACAUUUACAUCAGAUCUGCUAAAUGUAACGAGUCAACAAGUUCUGGUGUCACUGUUUUUAUUUUAAAUGUCAUUUAAGCAAGGCGAUUCAUAGGUCAUGACUUUGCCCUCAUGACCUAUAAAUCUCUUGUGACCUUUAUUACGACUACUGUGACUGAAUGUUUCUGAUCCGUUCCUAAUCUGAAUAAACAUUUUGAGCUGGACUGUGGCGUCUGAUCUGCAUCUGUUACGCAGGCUCUAGUGUUUACACACUCUGAUCAAACUAUGCUAGUUAAAUUGCUGGAUAACUCUUAAAUCUGGCUAAUCCUAACUCUCUUGUAAUGUGUACAUGUUCAUAAACGACUUCCUAAAUUCAACAGUCAAAAGAGGUUUUUUUUUUUUUUUCCUCAUCGGCUUUUCUAGUCCCCUCGGUUCAACCAAGUGAUGCCCUGAUUCCUUCCAGGCUACUUUUUCCUAACUGAAUAAACUAAGGAAUUUAUAAAUGGCACACUACCACUACAUAACUGUUAAUUCCUCAACUGGUGUAAUAGUUUUACUUACUUUUUUUACAAUGUCUAACACUGAUGCUGUUAUGGAUGACUGACUGGUGCCAAUAAAAGUUAUACAAAGCU